AUGUGCUUACGGUAGUCAAAGGACAUGCACAUCUAAAAGUUUCUUUGGUCCACACAUUGUCCAUAGCGCUACCAUGUACGUUGCUAUGGUGAAGCUGAAUCGUAAACUAAACGAGAAAUGGUUGGAAAUGUCUUUGUAGUCGCAUGGUAGACACUAUCUCUGGGCAUUUUCUAAGUCUAUUGGCUCAUGUGGUGCUCGUUUCAACUUUUUUCUUUAAUCAGGAGCCCUUUUUGUUAGCCUCAUCUCCCCUGUGUGUGACUGAGAUUCAAGAAGACACUCGAGUGGAAUUCGUCGUGUUGCUUUCGCUUACACUGCUCGUCGACCUUGGCGAAAUGGUUCUGCUACUCAUGCGAGUGCCAUCGGCUGGCUUGUCACUGCUGUCAAGCUUCGUUCAUGCUCUCAGUUGUCUGUUUCUGCUCAAAUUCAUAGUUGAUGAACACCCUGUUAGCAACUUUUGGGUUUUGCUAGCACUUACUUCUUUUCCUGCUCUCUUAUUCAACAUCAUUGGGGCAGCCAUGUACCCUGUACGAAACAAAACAUAGCUCAUUGCUCCCCGUUGUGUGUAAGGUAGUCCGAAAUCCAGCAUACUUCUCGAUCAUCAGCCCGAAAAGAUGCAUACUUGCCAACAUGAUCUUUUAACAUACCAACAAUAUAAAUAUCGU